AUGUCUGUCGAUGACCAGCGGCCAUACAUACGCUAUAAUCGAAAAGAGCUUGAAAAGCUGAAAAAGGAAGAACUCGUUCAGUUGGUGCAAUUACAGCCCGGCAAGUGGCCCAACAAUGUCGAGUGGCCGCCAGCUGGCCCUACCAAGGCAGUCUUGAGAAAGGUACUACUCACCCCACGCUAUGGCUUCGGAAGGCCCGUCGAGGAUGUUGGCGAAAUACCUCACGUCAAGCCAUCCAACGAUUCCGCACCAUCGCGAGCAGCUUUUGCUGAGGAAGUUAUGCGACGCCAGUCCUCAUCAUCGGUCCUUGAAGGAGGAGAGGAUCGAGGAGCGGGCUGGGAAUCUUCGGAAGGACCACAAGAUGCAGCUCCUCUGACUGAACAGCGCGAACAUGUUGGGGAGCAGAGUACUCGCAUCCCGGAGAAUGAUGGGUCCUUGACGGAGGGGACCUUGAUGGCGGCGACUGGUCAGCUUUCACUGUCUUCCCAAUUUGAGACUUGUACGAAUACGAGAGGUCGCCACAAACCAAACGAGAUACACGAAGAAGAACAGACCGCAUCCGGUGUCCCAGGGGAUAUCUCCGAGACCGUCAUCUCUAGCGAAGUCCCAGGACGUGCUCAAGACAUUGCACAUCCGGAUGACACUGCGACUGAAUGUCAAAGCCUUGGGCAAUCCAAUGAGACGCUAGAGAAUGAGGCUGUUUCCGAUCAAAGCAUGGUGUUUGCGGACCGGAUGCAUGAAGCUCCUUUGUCGCAAGGCCUAUCAAUGGAUGGGAGUUACUUGAGUGAUGCCAAUUGGGAGGACGAAUUUGGGAAACUGAACUUACAUGACGAAGGCCACCGCAGCGAUGCAUCUAAUCUGAAUGAUACAGAGGUUGUUAUGUUGGUUAUUCGAGACUUACGAGUGCCGUCGUAUCCCGUUAAGGCGCGCAUACCGUGCGACGGCCGCGAACUCAUUAGGAAAGGCAACACUCUAUUUGUGAAUCUAUUGGACCUUGUCAGCGAGCUUCAGAAGUCGGUUAGCAGAAUUUACGGCUCUGGUAAGGUUGGCGUAUUUUCCUUCGACGAGCGAAAUGAACGAUUCUGGGAGACCGUCGCUCUUCUCAAUGAGGGACAGGUGGUGGUAGGAGAUGAUUAUAUUGCGCCUAUACCGGUCGAUAGGCACAUCACGAUUAAUGUGAUUGAUGUAACGGGUACCCAAUCGGUCGCCAGCGAUCAUCAUCCCGAUAACGCUCCAGAUGGUCGGACUAGUGCAGAAGGCACGGUGUCCCCGAAUCUUACCGUCGACAGCGAGUCUUCCAACACUUCCCACGUCACUGAUCCGAAGGAACUGGAGUCUAGCGUGGAACGCUCGAUUGAGAAAGAACUCGCCCCUCUCGACUCCUCGACUCCAGCACCUACUACGACUACUAGGGUGCCAUGGAUGGUCCUUCCCCGACAGGAAGUGACAAAGAGGGUAGCUCAGGUGAUCACGCAAUAUAUGAAUUCGCCGGCCGUAGAGGGAACACAUUUUGGUAAAAUGUGGAAAUACCACCACGACACCAAGAAUCGGCAAGUCUCCGACGACCAGCACAUCGCGCACUGGAAGUUUUUGGAAGUUUUCAGGGAAUUCUGGCUAGAGAAGCGCACUAUGGACGGACAUUCAGAGACAGUGCCUGUCCUGAAGAGUCACAUCAACAAAGCUCUGAACCGCGGAAAGACAUGGUUCGUACCCAAGCGACGUGCUUACCAGACAUACCUGCGUUUCGGGCCUGACUCUCCCAAUCCGCACCCCAAGCUUUUGAGGCGCCUGGACGAGGGAUGCAGUGAAGGUGCUGCAGCUCUCCAGGAAUUCCUCAUUGAACUUGAAAAAGAGGACGAGGAAGGUUACGCUUCAGAGUAA